GUUAUAGGGGGAACCGCUGUAGAGCGUGGAUAUAUAGGGGGAGAGAGAUUGCUGACGUGGCACGUGAGUGAGAUAUAGUGGGACAAAUUUAGGGGGAACCGCUGAAGACAGUCUCAGCAGCAGCAGCAGCUGCUGCCUGCUGCUGUCUAGUCCAUCUUCAUCCUCCCCAUCGCCCGACUGGAUUUCUCCCCCGAAUUCGCACCUCCCCCCUCACUUCGCUGUGUCUCAUCAACGCCGGCAUCACCGCGAGGACUGGGCCAGCUCUCCCUCCCUUUCUCCUCCCUCCGCCUUCAUUGCUGACGGCGACGACUGGGCGAGCUCUACCGCCGCUCUGCGCUAGGUGCCCAGGUCUUCCUCGGGCACUUCACCGGCGACGAGCACCCAUCAGGAGCGAAAUGGACGAGGCUGUUCCUGCUUUGGCUACCGGCCAAGCUUCAACCGACGCCGUGACAGAGCAGCCUGUGAAUGUGUACAUAUGGGACAUGGAUGAGACACUCAUUUUGCUCAAGUCACUUCUGGAUGGCUCAUAUGCUGGGGCUUUUGAUGGCCUCAAGGAUCAUGAGAAAAGUACUGAAAUAGGAAAGCGAUGGGAGAACCUCAUUCUUGAACUCUGUGAUGAGCACUUCUUUUAUGAGGAGAUUGAGAACUACAAUGAACCCUAUCUCAAUGCCUUGAAUGAAUAUGACGAUGGGAGAGACUUGACCUCAUAUGAUUUUGAGGCUGACUGUUUUAGUUCACCAUAUGAUGAUGCGAACAAAAAGAAGCUUGCUUACAGGCAUCGUGCUAUUGGAGAGAAAUAUGCAAAGGGUUUGGAAAAGGUUCUGGACGGACACAUGGUCAAAGUCUGCAAUGAUCAGUACAGUUUGACUGACAAAUAUACUGAUGGCUGGCUGUCUUCAGCUCAUAAGUUACUGGAAGAAGCAUUGGGCAAAUCAGCAUCAGCACCUUCAGCCAACUCUUCAAGCAUCAACUGCAUAGUUACAUCAGGGUCACUGAUUCCAAGCCUUGCCAAAUGUUUGCUGUAUCACCUGGAUGAUGUGGUCUCAUCUGAGAACGUCUACAGCUCAUGGGAAGUGGGUAAGCUGCAGUGCUUCAAAUGGAUCAAGGAGCGCUUCGACGGUCCAAACGUCCGCUUCUGUGCAAUCGGUGAUGGCCACGAGGAGUGCAGUGCUGCGCAGGUCAUGAAAUGGCCAUUCAUCAAGAUCGAGUUCCGCCCUGAAGCCCAUCACAGGUUCCCUGGCCUAGACUUGCCCACAGUGCAGACCUACAUGGAUGUGAUAUACGAGUCAUCGAGCAAAGAUGGUUGACCGACGAUUGAUGUCGAUUCUGUUUUCUCCUCUGACCUCCACCACCCAUGGAGCUAUUGUUUGAGGAAACUGUAAGCAAAGAGAUGUCGUGGGAAAGGAACGUGUCGUCCUCCCUAGAUCUUUCACCUUGGCGAAUUAGGAGGCAGGUGUGAUAAAUAAGAGUCUUGCUAGUUCGUCGUCGUCGUCCAUGUUGUCAUAGAUCCUGUCUUGUGUGUUCAUGUUACUGUGAUGCAGGCAAUGGUGUGUUGUGUCCGGGCGUUAUUUCCUGUGUUGUGCUUUGCCAAUUUGCCAGCUUCAGUUUAUGUGUAUAUGCUUUUUAGGCUGUCUUCGGCAGAUCGUGUAAAAUAGGGGACGUGACAGUGUAGAUGACACCGUUUAACUUGUUUUUAAAAUGAAGUUUGAAAUAUACA